AUGGCGUUCAACAUUGGUCAAGCUUUUCGCUCCUUCUGGCAUGACAUGACCAGCUACGACAGACAUUCUUCCGUCGACUCUCCCUACCGCAGUGGCCGACACGUCCCUCUCUCCAACGGCCGAAACAGCAUGCUCACAUCGGUGGCUACGGCUGCCUCGGAAUCACACACCAACAUCUCUUCACCCUACCAGGACGAAAACGGCAUCCCGAACCUGUCCAGGGAAAACAGCAGCACCAGCUACCAUGGCGCUGGCAUGGGCUCCCCGUACACGCCCUCGAGUCCUGGGCCCUACUCCCCGGGCCUUCGCUCCCAGAACGCGCGGCAGAGCACAGCCGACGGCUUCGACGUGCAGAGCAAUCCCGGCGACGUGCCCAUGCAGUCAUUCCAGGAUGGCAUGCCGCCCGCCCCUCCUGUAGCCCACUCCUGGAGGAAAAUCGACGCCUGGGCUGAAGACAACUACCCCGAACUGUUUGACCAGCUGUGCGAAGGCGCCACGAACAACGACCUCAACGAGCUCGAGCACAUGCUCGACUGCACGCUGCCCCAGGAUGUGCGCGAAUCCCUCAUGAUCCACGAUGGUCAAGAACGAUGGGGAACACCCACGGGCAUCAUCUUCGGCUCCAUGUUGCUCGACUGCGAGGAGUUGGUGCAAGAGUGGGAGACGUGGCGCAAGGUGAACCAGCAGUAUCUCCUCGAUACCAGUGUUGUCAAGCCCGCCGUUCCGUCCAAGGCUCUCGGCGGCAGCAGCAGCAGCCAGGCAUCUUCUUCCAAGGCGGCCCCUUCCCCCGCGGCUGGAGCGAACAACCCCGCAUGGCGACAGGAUCUCAGGGACCGCCAAGAAUCGGUCCCUCCCAACUCGGUCCAAAAGGCAUACGCACACCCCGCGUGGAUUCCCCUGGUGCGCGAUUGGGGUGGCAAUAACCUGGCCGUUGAUCUGGCUCCUGGCCCUGGUGGCAAGUGGGGUCAGAUCAUCCUCUUCGGCCGCGACUACGACACAAAGUACGUUGUGGCCCGCUCUUGGGCACACUUCAUGGCCAUGGUCGCCGACGAUAUCAGCAGCGGCAAGUGGUUCGUCGAUGAAGAUUCCGGCGAGCUCAAGCUGCGCGAGUUCAAGGACCCCCGCGUGGAGCCCCCUUACUUCAGCAUUCUUCGCUGGAGGAUGGACCAGAAGUACGGCCGCCGCGCCGCCCGGCGCCGAUCAGCCGCACCCCCCAACAGGACAUCGUCCCCCGCUGGCUCCGGCGCGAGCUCCCCGUACGCCAGCCCUCCCGAGUCAGCCAACGGCGAGCCCCGCGGCCGUUCGCUGCAGCGUCUCAACGGCGGAAGCCCACUCGCCAGCCCGAUCCGCCCUGGCAUGGGCAAGCCCAGUCCCCUUGCACGAGUGGCGGAAGAAUCUGCUCUGCCAGAGAUUGACACGAACGGCUUGAAGCCUCCCAAGCUCGUCGAGGUCGAGACGCCGCGGCCAAGCGAAGAACAACCGCUAAAGAACGGGUCCCACGCAUCCCUCCUCGCCAGGGCCGAUUCCCCAGAAGACGGCAAGGAGAAUAUGGCGCCAAAGUCUAAGCUCAGCAAACAGUCCGAUCUGGUCGAUGAGCCGAUGAAGGAGAUUGAGAUAUAG